UUAGUAAAGAAGUAAAUAGAUAAGUAUUCUAGUGGACCAGGUUAAAUUUAAUUUGCUGUCAUUCACUCGCGCGUUAUACUGUAUGACAGAAUUGUUUUGUUUAUAAAUUAAAUAAUCCUUGAACCUGCGUCUCACCAAUCCAUUUUUAGUAAGUUCAGUUGACAUCUGAUGGGAAUUGGUUUCCCAGUUAUUAUUGUUAUUUAUAAGCUCUAAGGAUGGCAAAAGAUGAAGUGGAUGAUCUUCUUCCCGAUAUAGACGCAGCAAAGGGAUUUUAUGCCAAAUAUGAACCAAAGGAAAUACUUGGAAGGGGAAUAAGUUCAACAGUGCGACGCUGUAUUGAGAAGGAGACAGGUAUUGAAUAUGCUGCCAAGAUUAUAGACCUGAGCAAUGACAGUCAUGAUGGGGCAGGUGAAGGAGGAAAGACAAUGCUUGAAUCCACUAUAGAGGAAGUGCAUAUAUUGAGGAUGGUGGCCGGACAUCCAUAUAUUAUUGAACUGCAUGAUGUAUUUGAGUCAAAUACUUUCGUCUUCCUUGUUUUUGAGCUGUGCAAGAAUGGUGAGCUGUUUGAUUAUCUAACAUCUGUGGUAGCACUUUCUGAAAAGAAGACAAGGUACAUCAUGCGACAGCUGUUUGAGGCCCUGCAACAUGUACAUAGUCACAAUAUUGUGCAUCGUGACUUGAAGCCAGAGAACAUUCUGUUGGAUGAUAACCUCAAUGUAAAGCUCACUGACUUUGGCUUUGCACGUGUCUUGAAGCCGGGGGAUAAACUGUUUGAUCUGUGUGGAACCCCAGGGUACCUUGCCCCUGAGGUACUCAAGACCAACAUGUUUGAAGAUGCAGAAGGCUACUCAAAGGAAGUGGAUAUUUGGGCAUGUGGAGUAAUCAUGUUCACACUGCUUGUGGGCUGUCCUCCAUUCUGGCAUCGCAAACAGAUGGUGAUGCUCCGCAAUAUUAUGGAGGGGAAGUACACCUUCAUAACACCAGAGUGGGCUGACAUAACAGAGCCACCUAAAGAUCUGAUCCGCAAGCUUCUUGUAGUGGACCCAAAGAAGCGAAUCACCAUUAAGGAGGCACUGGAGCAUCCAUUCUUCCAGAUGAUGCUGUGGGACCAAGAUAUAACCCCACUGAAACGCAGCCUGUCUGGCUCUUCGAGACGACUCAGUCGAAUCUCACAGUUGGCUCUGGAGAUGAAGAGUUGUACUUUCAAUGCCCGCAAGAUGUUCCAGUAUGGAAUUCUUUGUGUACGUGCUAUGGUGCGUAUCAGGAGAUUGCGUUUCACACCAGAACCUCUUUCAGUGGAAGUUGCUCAGGUUGAUCCUUAUCGCAUUAAGGUGCUCAGAAAGGUGAUUGAUGGCUGUGCUUUCCGUGUGUAUGGCCACUGGGUGAAGAAGGGUGAAGGACAAAAUCGAGCUGCCUUGUUUGAAAACACACCCAAAAUAGAACUUAAACAUAUCUAUGUGAGCAACCUGAGUCGAUACGGAGGAAACGUGACAGGCAGGGUGACGCUUGUGUUGCGGUCGCGUUCUCGUGGGUUGCAAAACCGUUGGGUCGUGUGUGCUAAUAAUGGAGGCGUAAGCUCAGACGGCGGGAGGGCGAGUUCCAGAAGAACAAUGAGUCUGGAGACGCUUCUGGAAGCGGCGCGGUACGUGGAGCUGCAAGAGGCCCAGCGGCUACAUCAGUCGUCGUCCUCAGUGACUUCUCUGGCACGUGGUGAAGAGGAAGAACCUGCCCCCGGCGGGUUUCUGUCGUUCACCGCAGCAGCGCCGCCUCCACCCCCUCCUGCUGUCACUUCAGAACAUCAACCGCCGCCGCCACUACCGCCCACCAGACCCGCCCACAACCAACAAGUCUCCAAUGGGGGCCCCGCCCCCCAUCUGCCGCUGGACCAGCCGGAUGAUUCCAAGGAAUUCCAGAAGCGAGCGGCUGGCACACGCGAGGUGCACAACAAACUUGAAAAGAAUCGCCGGGCGCAUCUAAAGGAAUGCUUCGAGCUCUUGAAACGGCAGUUGCCAGCCUCACAGGAUGAGAAGAAGUCUUCCAAUCUCAGUAUCCUGCACAGUGCCCUGCGACACAUUCAGUUCUUGCGGCGGAGGGAGCGGGAAUUCGAGCACGAGAUGGAGCGAUUGGCACGAGAGAAGAUUGCUGCACAACAGAGGCUAGUGAUGCUCAAGAAGGAGCUGUCGGCUCAGUGGGACCACAUCGACUUCAACGCGCUCCUGCCAGAAAGUGUGCAUGUGCUUGAAGAUCCGCGCAACAAGGAUCACGUGUCUCAUACUACUUCUACUGCCACAGAGAGGGACGAAGUGAUGAGCGAUGCAGAGGAGCCACUUAACAAGUGUGGUGUGGUGUAUAGCAGCACGUCGUCCCUGUCCAGUGCUGCCACUGCCUGCUCACCACCUCAACUACCUCCCCCUCCACCACCUCCACCUCCAGGACCUACAGAAUUGCGUGGAGGAGAGGAUCCCAAGUCUCUACCUCCCACGUCCGUGGUGCAGCUGCCUGUGACUGCGCAUAUGGUGGGGACUACGGGUCUAGCAACGCUGGUUAGUCCCACCAUCCAACUGCUAGCUCCAUCAGGACUACGCAUGUUGCCAGGCGACCCGCAGCCACUGGCGCUGACUGUGCACCCGCCACAUCUCCCCAACACAAAUGUUGCCCAUUCACCUGCUUCUGCGGUGGUGUCCCACCCGCGAUUGCGGGGUAUGAGUGGCAGUGAAUCAGAUACCAGGACAACUGCUGCCAUCACCUUACCAACAUUGCACUUACCAAACAAAAUGGUGGCCGGCAGUGUGGCUCUUGCAGCAGAGGCUGCACGACUUCCAGGUGGGGCAGAACUCAAUAUUCUGCCAGCCAACGGGGCGGUGCGGGCUACUACCUCAGGCAAACAUCACCCCAUAACCCUUUCUGGAGGUUUGACGCUUCCAAAUGGUGUGCUGGGUCAUGCAGGAGUUACACUUGCCACCAAGUCAAUUGCUCACACUGCUUGUUCUGAAGCAAGUGGUACUGUGCUGACACCUGCUAUUCAUGGAGCUGGGACUAUCCCUACGCACCUGACUUCAGCAGGUAUCACACAUGUGGUGACACCGCUAGGUAGCCACACAAGUUUGACCCCCCUGGUGACUCCAGUGACUGUUGUUUCACAGGGAAAUCAGGUAGCUCAUAUUCUUGCUACUCCUCAGCAGCUUGGAGGCAAGAUGAUGACUACCACAUCCCUUCUCAAGUCAGUGGGUCCAAUGCCAUUAAUGAACACUCAGUACCUGAGCACAGCCACACUGGUGAAACCAGUUGUUGUCGUGAGCACACCUUCCACGCUCCCACCACACUCCAACAGCAGUUCGUGAGGUGUCCAUGUGAUACACUUGCUCCCAGCAGGCUGGGAGUCACAAUAUUCCGUCAUAGCAUCUGUGUGUGAUUGAAUAAUUAACUUCUCAAGUACAAAUGUUGUCCUGUCUGCCUUAGUGAGGGGAUGUUGUGGAACUGCUCAAAUUAAAUAUCUGUGGCAGAGGUCCUGGUUAAAUGUGCCCAUACCUUAGAGUUCUGUGUUCAAACCUUUCAAUGUGUUCUGUAGAGUGUACUGUAGAGUUUAUGAACAUUUGGAAUGAUGGGAAUGUGAAUGUUUCUAGGACAGCUGCAUCUGACAUUUUUUCAUUUUCCCUCCCCUGUUUUAUGUUCAAAUGUGUAUGUGUGUGUAAGUAUAAUAAGGAUGUGGCUGAGAUAGUUCAACAGUGGUAUGAAUGUGUGUAUGUAUGUGGACAAGAAUUAAACAUACACGCAUUGAACAAAUUAUGGUUUUUUGCUUGAAGACUUUACAUGGUGCUGAUGCUCAUGAUUUUUAUUGUGCAUUUGUUUCUAAACAGGAAGAACUCUUCUUUCUUGAGUGUACAUAACAUGAACAAACAGAAAUUAUGAUCUGUUUAUGUAUUUAAUUGUAAAUAGUGAACAUGAAUUGCUGCAAUAAAACAAACUUCAUCAAUCCAACAGAA